UUUUGGAAGCCGCGCGGGGGUAUACUUGGAGGCUCAUUCACGCGCAGCGCUGCGACUGUACACGAUAACAAAUGCUCGAGUUAUGAAAACUGAAAACUCGUUAGUGAAUGCAUAGUCAUAGUGCUAGUCAUUAGAUCCAAAAGUUCAUAUCGCAUACGGACCAACUGCGCUCCAUGAAGAGGAAAUCGGGGUCUUACCGAGUGUCCAGUAAGACUUGAAAGAGGUGUGGACGAUUUUUGUGUUAUGCGAGUGUUUCGAGAGUUUCUCGUUUCUUAAAGUAUAUUUUCUAUGCGGCUCCCGGACGUGAAGAAAAUAUAUUCUUGGCUUCGGAAGGACUGGAGUUUUGUGGUUCCAGAACGCACAAGUGACUGAGAGGGACACACUGCUUGUGUUGGGUGCUACACGAGACUGGACACGGAACGCGAGAGAGGAAGACAAAAAGACUCUCCAAGAAUGACUCUGGGGACGGACAUGUCGGACAGUUCUGCUCUGUCCGACGAUGUGGACAUCGAUGUUGUUGGCGGGGAUAUUGUAAAAGAGGGUACAUAUAUUCACCAUCAUCACAGUUUUCAAUUGGACAAUGACUCCGAUGACAAUCUAUCCCAGAAUGCGGGAGAGGGCGCAAUCUCUCCGGGCCAAAGCAGCUUGGACUGUCCGGCUGACCGGGUCGGGCCACGGGAUGACAACAGAACCGGUACGUUAACGGGGGAUAAACCAGGGAAAAAUGCAUUGGUGAAACCCCCUUAUUCUUAUAUAGCCCUGAUAACCAUGGCUAUCCUGCAGAGCCCAAAGAAACGUUUGACUCUCAGUGAGAUCUGCGAGUUCAUCAGCAACAGGUUCCCAUAUUACCGGGAGAAAUUCCCCGCGUGGCAAAACUCUAUCCGUCACAACUUGUCACUAAAUGAUUGCUUCGUCAAAAUACCCCGUGAACCCGGUAACCCGGGAAAAGGCAAUUACUGGACCCUCGACCCAGAGUCCGCCGACAUGUUUGACAAUGGGAGUUUUCUGCGCAGGAGGAAGCGCUUCAAAAGACACCAGACCAACGAGAUCCUUAGGGACGCAGGGGGAUUUCUACCUGGCUUCGGCUACGGACCGUACGGUUACAAUUACGGCCUGCAGCUGCAAAAUUUCCACGCGCAUCACCCCUAUCACCCACACCACCCGGGAGGCGCGUUCCCCUUCCAAAACGCACCUUGUGCUCUCCCAACGCCUUCCUCCAUAUUCUCCACGCCACACAGCUUGCCUUCGUUUUUAGGUACCGAGCUGAGAAAGCCUUUCUAUCCUCAACUCAGCCCGACCCUUCCUGGUCUAGCGCCUCUCAAAACGGACACUAAUGGCCCAAGUCGGCCUUCCUUCUCAAUAGACAAUAUAAUUGGUGCGGCUAGCUCACCAGCUUCUCCGUACACCACGCAACCGGGUGGCCAGGCUCAGAUCUUAGCCAUGCUGACUCCCACACUUGCUUCUGCCACGAACCACUUGAAUCUAACGCAGGAAUCGAUGCUUCAGGCCGGCACACAGACUUUCUUGAGCAAAACGUCAAGCCUUAACAAUUGCCAUUUCUAGAGUGGCAGCAAAUAGAAAGUGCAGCAGUCCAGUUUAAUAUGGUUGUGUCGUCAUUUGCUAAGGUAGGAUUUACACUUUUGCAAGAUAAAAUGCUGCCCGUUUCAUGUUUCUGAAUUUAAAAAAAUAAAAGGAUAAUUAAGUAUAUUUAUGAACUGUAAAUAUGUUUGAGUUUGAAGAGAGAAACAUACUGAAGAGAGGAAAUUAAGGCCAUGUGAAUAGUAAGCUAAGAUUUCACCUUUGGACGGCCAGUGGACCUUUGCCGUUUUGUCCAGAAAGUCAAAUAGUUUGUACUCAUUGACAUGGAAUUUCCUCUUUUGACUUAAAUGAAGAUUGUUUUAAUUAUUUUAUUGUUUUGUAUAGUGUGUGAGUUUGUGAAAAGCACUGUCAGUACCGAGACUUAAAACUCAGGAUUUACUUGUUUUGAAAGCACAUUGCCCAGAGACAAUAGGGGCUGUAAAUAGAUUACAUAGGUUAACGUCCCACUUCCCCUAGUUCUCUCAACAGAAGUGUUCUGGUGAAUUUUAUUCUUAUUUUAUUUCUGUUGAUAGAUAAUUAUGUGGUUCUUGGUGUAAAUCGCAUUACCUCUUUCUGUCUGACUCUUGUUAAUACAUAUUUCAUUAUUCCAUUGAAAAACAAUUAUCUGUGAAAAGAAUGUUGUUAUAUGUAAAGAUACAAAACAAUGUCCAUAGGUCAUUUUUUUGUUGUAUUGGCAAGACAAUAAAUGUUUGUGAAUUUGAA